CCUGACUUACCACUCCAUCACUCACUGCGGUGCUUAGGCAGAGCUGCGACGGAAUAACCUCAACUUUAGCUUCUUCAACAGGAUUUGGCAAAAAGGCCCACAUUUCAAUGCUUCCUUCCCAGCUCUCGAGGCCUUAAUUCAAUAAUCUCCUGAAACCCCCUCCGCCGGUUCUUGGCACAUCCUCCUACUGCCCAGUCGGGAUUCAAGGUGAGUUCACAAGCCACCACCGAGCGGUGACACAAACAACCCAACUCCAGGAUAUACGUGGACAAACAGCUCAUUAAUUUUUCAGGAACCCGCUUUCACAUAUCGUUGAAGAAAAUUCAUUCAACAGCAAACACAAUGGCAGCGGGCGGCGCAAAGCUCCAGACCCCCAGCUCCGAGGCUGGAGGAAGCAUCCGAGACGACCCCAAAGCUUCUUCGGCGGCGGUAGCGGCUGCACCCAGCUGGAACAAUAAGAAGUUUAGAGAAGAGUACGAGUCUUUCAAAGCGAAACUCCUCGACCAGAGAUUCGACCCUAAGCAUUUCCCGGACCCGUUACUUCCAAGAAGCGGCUCCGAUCCCCGAAAUAACCCAAAGACGACGCCGGAGGCUGAGCGACGUAUCGACAAGAUUAUCGCCGAGUACAAGGCAAGAAGUUAACGGGUCAAGUUGCGCCUAGGUCUCAUUGGAUCUUUUUAAUGAGGUCGAUUGGUUGGUUUAAGGGGAGUGAAGGGGAAGGGCUGAAGUUAUUCGUUGAUCCAUG